GAGAACCGGAUGAGGCGGCGACUGUGAGACGAAGUUUGGAGUCGGGAGUUGGGCUGAGUCCCGGGGGAGCAACCGCCGGCGCGCGGGACAGGGUCGUUGGAAGGCUGGGGCAAGCUCGCGGGCCGCGAGGGGGGAGUCGCCGCCGCCGCCGUCACCAUGGGGAACCGGGGGAUGGAGGAACUGAUCCCGCUGGUCAACAAGCUGCAGGACGCGUUCAGCUCCAUCGGACAGAGCUGCCACCUGGACCUGCCGCAGAUCGCCGUGGUGGGGGGCCAGAGCGCCGGCAAGAGCUCAGUGCUCGAGAACUUCGUAGGCCGGGAUUUCCUUCCUCGUGGAUCAGGAAUUGUUACCAGACGUCCCCUUAUUCUUCAGCUCAUCUUCUCAAAAACAGAGUAUGCAGAAUUUUUGCACUGUAAGUCCAAGAAGUUUACGGAUUUUGAUGAAGUUCGCCAAGAGAUUGAAGCAGAGACCGACAGGGUCACAGGGACCAAUAAAGGCAUUUCUCCUAUCCCCAUUAACUUAAGAGUUUAUUCACCACAUGUGUUGAAUCUAACCUUAAUUGAUCUUCCGGGCAUUACCAAGGUGCCUGUUGGUGACCAGCCUAUGGACAUUGAGUACCAGAUCAGGGAUAUGAUCCUACAGUUCAUUAGCAAAGAGAGCAGCUUGAUUCUUGCAGUCACUCCAGCCAACAUGGAUCUAGCAAAUUCAGAUGCCCUCAAGAUGGCUAAGGAAGUUGAUCCUCAAGGCUUACGGACAAUUGGUGUUAUAACCAAGCUUGACCUAAUGGAUGAAGGCACAGAUGCCAGAGAUGUGCUUGAGAACAAGUUGCUCCCCUUGAGAAGAGGUUAUAUUGGUGUGGUGAAUCGGAGCCAAAAGGACAUUGAUGGAAAGAAGGAUAUCCGAGCAGCCCUUGGGGCCGAGAGGAAAUUUUUCCUGUCUCACCCAGCUUAUCGACACAUAGCAGACCGAAUGGGUACCCCCCAUUUGCAGAAGACCCUGAACCAGCAACUGACCAAUCAUAUCCGAGAGUCUCUGCCUGCACUACGAAGUAAGCUCCAGAGCCAGCUGCUGUCCUUGGAGAAAGAGGUGGAAGAAUACAAGAAUUUUCGACCUGAUGAUCCCACACGGAAAACCAAAGCCCUUCUGCAGAUGGUCCAGCAAUUUGGUGUGGACUUUGAAAAGAGAAUUGAAGGCUCAGGAGACCAGGUGGACACAUUGGAACUUUCUGGUGGUGCAAGGAUUAAUCGCAUCUUUCACGAGAGGUUUCCAUUUGAGCUUGUAAAGAUGGAAUUUGAUGAGAAAGACUUGAGACGAGAAAUUAGCUAUGCAAUUAAAAACAUCCAUGGAGUCAGGACGGGGCUCUUCACCCCAGACUUGGCAUUCGAGGCCAUUGUGAAAAAGCAGGUGGUGAAGCUGAAAGAGCCUUGUCUGAAAUGUGUCGACCUGGUUAUUCAGGAGUUAAUCAAUACAGUUAGGCAGUGUACCAGUAAGCUUGGCUCCUAUCCCAGGUUACGAGAAGAAACAGAAAGAAUUGUCACCACUUACAUCAGGGAGCGAGAAGGAAGAACAAAGGACCAGAUCCUUCUUCUGAUCGACAUUGAGCUGUCAUACAUCAACACAAAUCAUGAGGACUUCAUUGGCUUUGCAAAUGCCCAGCAGAGGAGCACUCAGCUGAACAAGAAAAGAGCUGUUCCAAACCAGGGUGAGAUCCUGGUGAUUCGAAGGGGCUGGUUGACCAUCAACAAUAUCAGCCUGAUGAAAGGUGGUUCCAAGGAGUAUUGGUUUGUGCUCACUGCAGAGUCCUUGUCAUGGUACAAGGAUGAAGAGGAAAAAGAAAAGAAGUACAUGCUACCUUUGGAUAACCUCAAAAUUCGAGAUGUGGAAAAGGGCUUCAUGUCCAAUAAGCAUGUCUUUGCUAUCUUCAACACAGAGCAGAGGAAUGUCUAUAAGGACCUACGACAAAUUGAGCUAGCCUGUGACUCACAGGAGGAUGUAGAUAGUUGGAAGGCCUCUUUCCUCCGAGCUGGGGUCUAUCCUGAGAAAGACCAGGCUGAGAAUGAGGAUGGGGCCCAGGAAAACACCUUCUCCAUGGACCCUCAACUGGAACGCCAGGUGGAAACCAUCCGAAACCUUGUUGACUCCUAUGUGGGGAUUAUCAAUAAGUCUAUCCGUGACCUCAUGCCAAAGACAAUCAUGCAUCUCAUGAUCAACAAUACCAAGGCCUUCAUCCACUCAGAGCUCCUGGCCUAUCUCUACUCUUCUGCGGACCAGAGUAGCCUAAUGGAAGAAUCUGCGGACCAGGCACAACGUCGAGAAGACAUGCUGCGCAUGUACCAUGCCCUGAAGGAGGCACUCAACAUCAUUGGAGACAUCAGCACCAGCACUGUGUCCACCCCUGUGCCCCCACCCGUGGAUGACACAUGGCUCCAGAGUUCCAGCAGUAGGCACAGUCCCACACCUCAGCAUCGACCUCCUGCCAGCGUGCCGCCUCCUGGGAGGCCCCCUGCAGUCAGGGGGCCUACACCAGGGCCACCUCUGAUCCCUGUGCCUGUAGGGGUUGCUGCCUCCUUUGUGGCUCCCCCUAUCCCUUCUCGUCCUGGACCUCAGAAUGUCUUCACUAACAACGAUCCCUUUUCAGCCCCACCUCAGAUCCCAUCUCGGCCAGCACGCAUUCCCCCUGGUAUCCCUCCUGGUGUGCCCAGCAGAAGACCCCCUGCCGCACCGAACCGGCCAACCAUUAUCCGCCCGGCCGAACCAUCAUUGCUAGAUUAACCCUGGGCUCUAGAAAAAACUUAUGUACUCAGUGGGGUGUGGCAACCAGACCAUCAGGGUACCAUUGUGGGUGGGGUUUCUAUACACUGUUGGCUCUGAGGAACACCCAAGGUUGUAGAAAGCAAAUGUGGCUCUGGGCUCUGAGGCCUCCUUCCCUUCCCCUUUUUCUCCCUUAUUCCCUGACAGCCAGGCCUGAGGCCAUGUUUGCCAGGCAGGGAUCAACUGAACUUGUAAUCAGUGGGCCUGGUGGUACAUCUACCCUCCUUGCCCAUCCUGACACAGAUGCAGGCAGCACCCAGGGACGUGUUGACAGGGCCAGGGGCACGACUCUGCAGACUCCCAAGGCACUUGCACUUAGCCCUGAACUGAGCAGUCCUGGGGAGUCUAGAGUGCAACUGGGUUCUUGCACUUUGUGAAUGAGGUCUGGGACUCAGUUAGGUCAAGGGGGAAGGGCUCAUCAGCCCAGCCCAUCAGCCCCAGGCACUAUGUAGAAAUAAUAUACAUAUCAGGGAGGGAGGACUGAUCAGUCUUGGGCUUCGGGCACAGCAAGAGCUUGUGUUUCUGUGUCUGUGGCCCUGUGAGUGACUUGUGAUUAAACCAAAUGUAAACGGACUCAAAGUUAAAGGAUAUACAGGUGGGACCAGGGCUUCUCUUCCCCAGGUCAUCUUGUUUGGGGAGAAAGUCCUGCUGACCCAGGGCAGAGGUCAGGAUGGAGAUCUCACCGUAGGUCUCCUGCUCAUCAUCCCAAGGGCUCAGAGUGACAAGUGAAUCAGGGCAUGGAUUGGGGAAAAGCAGCAAACACCAGGGCCUGGCUUGGGAUUAUCAGAUGUACCUAGUCAGAAAGUAGCUAGCCCAGUAUGAAGAGGGGAAGUAGGGUUAUGGUGGGCAGUCUUGGUGGUCUUCCUGACUUCUCUACUGCUGAGGACUGCUCUUUUACACUCCCAGCCACUGGUGUUAUUUGCACACCUCCAGCUGUACAUACUCUUUCUGGAAGUCAGGUUUAACUAAAAUCCCAAGCCCAAACACUGCUGCAUUGGAGCCUCUAUAUUAAGCUUCCAGAGAUGUAUCUCUUAAUCCUUAAUCCCACCAAAAUCCCAGAGCUGCCUUAAGCCCCUGCUGUGGGGAUGGGGACCCAUUGGGGUGCAAGAAGAGUCUUCACCCCACCCACCCCCAACCCCAGGCCAGGGAGCACUUGGAUCAGGGGACCAUAUCUAAGGACUGCCCAGGGCUCAGAGCCGCUGUUGGCCUGACUGGCAGACCAUCUGUCAAACUUAGCAUCUCUCUAGGACCCUUUGUGAUGAAUGGGCUCCAGCUCUGGUCAUGCUGGCACCUCUAUGUGGGACUUGUUCCUUCACUCAAUUUGACCAGUGUAAGUGCCUCUGCUCUGUACCCUAUUAAUAAACUAAAAUAAAGGGAAGAAGCUACUGGU